UGUAAACUUCAAGGAUCCACAAGCAGUUAGAGCCCUGACGUGUACACUGCUGAAAGAAGAUUUUGGACUUCAGAUUGAUAUACCAUUAGAAAGGCUGAUUCCAACUGUUCCCUUGAGACUUAACUAUAUCCACUGGGUUGAAGAUCUAAUUGCUCAGCAAGAUACUGCUGCUAAAGGUUCUGUUACAUGGGGAAUAGACAUAGGUACUGGUGCAUCUUGUAUUUAUCCAUUACUUGGUGCAACUUUGAAUGGAUGGUAUUUUAUUGCAACAGAAGUGGAUGAUGUGUGUUUCAGCUAUGCCAAGAAAAAUGUAGAACAAAAUAACUUAUCUGAUCUUAUAAAAG